AUGUUCCGUCAACGAACAAGCUCGCAAAAACCCGGCGAUGAUUUGCUUGCCAACUUUCGGCAGCAGUUUCCGGAGGUUGUAGCCGUCAGCACAGAGUCCUCUGCACCGGUAAUCUCCCAAACUACUGCUGCGAAUAAUCCAAUCUCACACCAUACGACUUCAAAAGACUGCGGCUCGAAUACCGACCAUGAGCCAUUUCGAGAUCAAGACCCGACCCCGCGUGCCUCCCACGAACCAUGGAGGUUCACGCCAUCGCUUCUUGAUCCCAACUCCUACAACUUCAGCGCAUUCGGCAGCACGGGGCCAGGAUAUUACACCCCCACGCCCGGGGGCGCAAACACUCUGUUCCAUUCACAAGCCGGCGACUUGCAUAGUCAAAACGUGCCCAUGGUGCCCGGCUUGGGAACACCUCUGUCCAUGCCGACCUCUGGCGAUGCGAUUCACUCUGGCGCGGCCGUGGUGGACAUGGCGAGCUUUCAGACCCUGCAGCCGCAGCAGUUCCACCAUUUCAACCCCUUCAUUCAGCCGCAGCAGUCUCAACAGACCUUUGCUCCGUCUUCCUUUAUUCACCGCGAUACCGGAUACGAGACGAUGGAGCACGAUGGCUCGCCGAUGGACUCGGAUCCUUCUGACGAGAGGAUGCCGUCGUUGGCAACCACGUUGCACUCGCAGGAUCUCACAGGGAUGCCCAUGGGCCAUUCACUCCCUGCCUCUGCAGAGAAAUUCCGCUUUCACUCUGCCCUGAACGCGCCGACUGCCAUGAUCAGGCACGCCGACGAGAUCCCGGUGACGUAUUUGAAUAAGGGGCAGGCUUACUCCCUGUCCAUCUCAGACACGAACGGAGCGAUCCCGAUCCAGCCCGGCACCAAGUACCGAACGUUUGUGCGAAUAUCGUUCGAGGAUGAAGAGCAGCGCCAGAAGCCUGGGGUCUGCUGGAGUCUGUGGAAGGAAGGAAGAGGCACAAACGAAGCCCACCAAAGAGGAGGGAAACUGCAGGCCGUCGAGUUUGUCGAAGCCAGCCAGCCGGCCGAGGGCGACGACAAGAGAACGCGCGUCGAGCUCGAGGCGUCAUCUUUCGAUGGCUUCUCCGUGGUCUGGACUCCCGGAACCAACGGUGCUCCCGAAGUCAACAUUGCCGUCAGGUUCAACUUUCUCUCUACAGACUUUAGUCAUUCGAAAGGCGUCAAGGGCAUCCCCGUGAGGCUCUGUGCCAAGACUAGCCUCCUUCCCGCAGAUGCAGCCGAGACGACGCCCGAGCGGAAGCUGUCCAACGACGUGGCUCAUGUCAAGAAGUCGAUCGACAAGCUGAAGCAACAGCUCUCCCAGAUCGAAAGCGGUAUCAAGGACUUUGGCAAAAGAAAGCGACACAGUGGCGCCUCCAGGGCGACGGACCCGCAACGCCCGGGCAAAGUUCCCAAGCACAAGAGAACCUGGUCAAUGUCGUCGGCAAGCUCGGCCGGGGGCGGAGGCCCCCGCAUGACCAUGGAGGAAGACUUGCACUUCAAGCUACAGACACUCCAGGAUAUGUUCACCAGCACACGUCCGGUCAGCGUGCUGUACUUGCGAGGGGAAGAGCUGGACGAUCCGGAUCUUCAUCCCGUCUCGCUUCCGGGAGACAUGUCGCCGCCCACGAAGACCGUCGGGGACGGCUUACGGGACGGGCCCAAUUGGCAAGCCCGCAGCUCGCACAGCUCCGCCACAGGUUCCAUGGUUUCACCCUCGCCUAGCUCCCUCUCCUUGGCAUCACAGACGUCUGCGAUGGGCUCCGGGGGAGGCGCUUGGAAAAGCCUGGACUCCAGAGCGUCGGGCGAUGUCUCUCGCAGGGGGUCGGAGCGGCCGACGCGAAUUUCGAAGACGGAUGAGGAAGGGGCGCUUAGCGGUUGGAUAGAGGCCCUCGGCGUCGAUGCGUCCUACCGACCGCCCCCCGAACGAACCGAAAAGCCGGUGGCGUGCUUCUACGUCCAGUACCAAGCCAAGGAAGAGGCAGAGAAUCAGACAUAUCACCGGGCCAUCUACCUCAUGAAACGGACGCUCGAGGAAUUCAACGGACGCAUUGCGAGCAAAUGGGGUCUAGAGGCACCGAGAAUUCAACGGACGAUCCAGGUGGUCCGGGCGGGCUUGGAGGUUGAGAUGGACGACGACUUUGUGCGCGAGCUCAAGGAGGGACAAGACAUGAGGCUCGAAGUCGAGGAGAUUACUCGGCAGGAACAUGCAACACAACGCAGAUGGGGCAUGUCGGCGGAUGGAUCGAGCGACGAGAACACGGCAAAGCCGGCGGCCACGAAAGGGCUCGUGCUCCGGCUCGUGACUUGA